AUGGAUAACGCAGAUUUAGAAAAUUUAAUUUAUGAUUUAGUACUUAAUCAAAAUUUUCUUAAUUAUUAUGAAUUAAAAUCAUAUCUCCAAAAACAUAAUAAAAAUAUAACGGGUGAUGAUAUGGAUUAUUAUUAUUCGUAUUAUAAAAAUGAAAUUUUGAAAUAUCAUGAUAAAAUAAUUUCUAAAAUUAAAGACAAAAUUAAAAAUAAUGAAUAUACAAAGGGAAAAACUAAAUCACAACUUAAACAAUUGAAAGAUUUCAAAAAUAAAGUAUUAACAGAAGAAGAUAUUGAUGAAUUAUAUAAAUUAUAUAAUCCUGAGCCGCAAAAGCCAAAGGAACAAAAGCCAAAGAAGAAAAAGCCGAAAACAACACCAAAAGAGAAAGUAGCAAAUGUUCAACAGCUAAAGGUGCAAAACGCCCAGGUCCUUCAGACCAUAAAUGAUGCACAAGCUUUAAUUUAUGAUUCAUUAGUUAAACCAUAUUCAGCCCGACUUUUAAAUGAAGAUCAACUUUUGGAAUUCAUCCUUCAACAUAAACUCGAAGCGGGAAAGUAUAUCAAACCUUUAUAUACAGCAUAUUUAAAACAAAUGAAUAGAAUACAUCCAGAAUUAAUGAAAGGAGGAAUGAAAUCCAAAA